UGCGCUGUCCUGCGGCGCCGCUAGGGGGCGCUGCCCCCCGGUCCCGGGCCCCGCCCCGGAACGGGGCGCGGCCGGACGCGGCCCUAGCUGACUUCUGACGUCACCGGCGCGCUGACGUCACCGAGCGCGUGACGUCACCGCGCCGCGGGGCAGCGGCCGCCCGUGAGUUUCCCCGGGAGGGUCCCGGGGGUCGCGGUCACGUGGCCCGGGAGGACCCCGCCGCGGCCAUUUGAGGGACUCGGUGGCGGAAGGAGGCCAGGAAAAGGCUGGGCAGAGGCCGGGAAAGGGCCGGGAAGCCGCGGGGAAGGAGCCCCGAGGAGCCGGAGGGGCCCGGGAAGGGGCAGCGAUGUCGGCGGGGGGAGCGCCCCAGCCCGCCCACGCCCUGGAUCUGCUCCCGUAUUCCCGGCUGAGCCCGGCGCCGCGGGCCGGAUCCCAGCUGGAUGCUGUCGGUGCCGAGAUCCCCUCGGACCCCUGCACAGGGUACCGGUUCUUUAAGCCGGGGGGUUUGUUCGGGAUGAAGCCGCCGGAGGAGCCGUUCGGGGCCGCGCGGACGGGCCCGGAGGAGUCCAAGGCCCUGGGCAGCCCCUGCGCCGUGGAGCCCGGGCGGGUGAGCAAGGUGGAGCCCGAGGAGAAGCCCGGGAUUGGCGCCGGCUCCCUGGAGCUGUUUCCGGCCGCGGGCGGCAGCUCCGGCCGCUGGUUCCCCGGCGGGCAGCGCGGCCCCGAGCCCCCCCGGGACCCCCCUGCCCCCCGUGCUGGCUGCUGGGGGGCCCAGGGGGGCGUCCCUGGCCCCUUCCGCUGCGCCCAGUGCGGGAAGGGCUUCCGGCAGAAGCAGAGCCUGGUGACGCACGAGCGCAUCCACACCGGGGAGAAGCCGUUCCGCUGCGGGGACUGCGGCAAGAGCUUCAGCCAGCGGCCCAACCUGCUGACGCACCGGCGCGUGCACACGGGCGAGCGGCCCUUCCCCUGCGCCCAGUGCGGCAAGAGCUUCUCGCAGAAGGCCAACCUGCUGGCGCACCAGCGCAUCCACGGCGCCCACCCCGAGGAGGGCAAGGCGCGGGCGCGGGCGCCGGCGCGGGGCUGCCCCGAGGACGCGCCCUUCGUGUGCCCCGAGUGCGGCAAGAGCUUCCGGCAGAAGCCCAACCUGAUCACGCACCGGCGCAUCCACACGGGCGAGCGGCCCUUCUCCUGCUUCCUGUGCGGCCGCAGCUUCAACCAGAAAACCAACCUGGUGACGCACUACCGGGUGCACACAGGUGAGCGGCCCUUCGCCUGCGCCCAGUGCGGCAAGCGCUUCACCCAGAAAACCAACCUGGUCACGCACCAGAGCACCCACACCGACCUGCGCCCCUUCCCCUGCGCCCAGUGCCACAAGUGCUUCAAGGACAAGGUGUCCCUCAAGGCCCACCAGAAGACGCACAUCCCCCGCCAGCGCCGCUGCCCCGCGCGCGGCCCGGCCCCCGCCGCGCCCUUCGGGGCCGCGCCCGCCCUGCUGCCCCCCGCGCCCGCCCCGCAGGACCCCGCCCCGUUCGCCCCGCUCCCGCCCGCCCCCAAGCUCCCCGAGGGCACCGAGCUGUUCCCGUGCCCUGAGAAGGGCUUCCCCCCCCCGCCCCCGGCCGAGCCCUCCUUCCCCUGCGCCCACUGCGGCGACGGCUUCUGCCCCAAGGUGCCCCUGCUGCGGCCCCCCGAGGCGCCCGCCGCGCCCUUCGCCCCCGGCCCCCCCAUCCUGGGGCCCCUGGGGGCGCAGCCGGGGCCGGGGGAAGCCGUGCUCUCCCCGGAAAAGCCCUUCAUCUGCAAUCAGUGCGGCAACAGCUUCGGGCUCUGGCUCGCCCUCGUCGCCCACCAGAAGAGCCACGCGGGGCACAAGCCGUGCCCCGGCGCCCCCCCCGCGGAGCCGGGCGCCGAGCAGCCCCCCGGGUCCCCCCCGGGGGCGCGGGCGGGCGAGGGCCGGCCCUGGCCGUGCCCCGAGUGCGGGCGGGGCCUGGGGCAGUGCGAGCGGCCGCCGCGGCACGGGCACGGCCCCGGCGGGCGCGGCCCCUUCCGCUGCGACACCUGCGGCAAGCGCUUCAGCCUCAAAACCAACCUGGCCACCCACCAGCGCAUCCACACAGGUGAGAGGCCCUUCACCUGCGGCGUCUGCGGCCGCCGCUUCAACCAGAAGGGCAACCUGGUGACGCACUACCGGGUGCACACGGGCGAGCGCCCCUUCGCCUGCGCCCAGUGCGGGAAGCGCUUCGCGCAGAAGCCCAACCUGCUGGCACACCAGAAGACGCACCUGGGCCGCCAGCCCUUCACCUGCCUCGAGUGCCCCAAGCGCUUCAAGAGCAAACUGUCCCUGCGGGUGCACCAGCGGGUGCACACCGGGACCCCCGGCCCGGCCCCCGGCGCCCUGGACCCCGCCGGGAGCCCUUUCCCCUGCACGCUCUGCGGGGAGGCCUGUGCGGAGCACGGGGGGCUCCGGCCGGGCCACGGCGGCGGCGAGCGGCCGCACACCUGCGCCGAGCAGCUGCACACCUGCGCCAAGUGUCCCCACGCCUGCGCCGAGCGUCCCCACGCUUGUGCCGAGCGUCCCCACGGCUGCGCCGAGCGGCUCCACACCUGCGCCGAGCAGCGCCGCACCUGCGCGGAGCAUCCCCACGCCUGCGCGGAGCAUCCCCACGCCUGCGCGGAGCAUCCUCACACCUGUACGGAGCAUCUUCACGCCUGUGAGCGACCCCACACCUGCGGGCAGCCGCAGCCGCAGCCCUGCGCCGAGCGGCCGCACCCCUGCGCUGAGUGUCCCCACCCCUGUGAGCAGCCCCACGCCUGCACCAAGCGGCCCCACGCGUGUGAGCAGCCCCACGCCUGCGCCGAGUGUCCCCGCGGCUGCGCCGAGCAUCCUCGCACCUGUGCCGAGCAUCCCCACUCCUGCGCCGAGCGGCCCCACCCCUGCGAGCGGCCCCACGGCUGCGCCGAGCAGCCCCACGCGUGUGCCGAGUGUCCCCACGCGUGCGCCGAGUGUCCCCACGGCUGCGCCGAGCGGCCCCACGCGUGCGCCGAGUGCGGGAAGCGCUUCCGGCAGAAGGUGAACCUGGCCGUGCACCUGCGGACGCACACCGGGGAGCGGCCGUUCCGCUGCGCCGACUGCGGCAAGGGCUUCAGCCAGAAGGCUCACCUGCUGCGGCACCGCCGCACCCACGGCGCCGGCCUGGCCCCCCCCUGCGCCGCCGGCGACCCGCUGGGCAAGGGCCCCGAGCCCCCCGCGCUGCUGCUGCCGCCCUGCUCCCGCGGGGCCCCCCCGGCGCGCCCCGACAGCCCCUCGGGCGCCGCCGACAUCCUCCUGCAGCUGAUGCAGGACGAGCCCCCGCCCGGCCCCGGCGCCGCCCCGGUCCCGGUGCCCCCCUGUAAGUGCCCCGGGGGGGGCCCGAGCCCCCGGGCGCCGGGGCUGCCCCCGCCGUGCUGCUGCGCCGCCUGCCUGGCCCCCCGCCCUCCCGAGCCCCCCCGCGGGCAGCUCUGGGCCAAGGCCGGGGGCUGCGCCCGCGCCUUCGAGGAGAAGCGAGUGCCGGGAGCGCCGGAGCGCGAGUGCGGCGAGGAGAAACCGGCCCCGUGCCCCGGCUGCCUGUGAGCCCCGGGACCCCCCCGGCUGCCUGCGACCCCCGCGCUGGGACCCGCCCUGAGACACCCGCAUCGGGACCCCCACCCUGCCCCGGCUGCCUGUGGCCCCCACACUGGAACCCCCAGCGAGACACCCCCAGCAAGGACCGGCCCUCGGCUCCUGGGGCCACACACGGUGAGCCUGGAGGAGAUGGAGCCGAGGGGACAGAGCCAAAGGGAUGGACCUUAGGGGACAGAGCCAAAGGGAUGGAGCUGAGGGCUCGGUGCCAAGGUGACACCGCUAGCCAGAUUCAGCACUGGGACUUGGAGGAGCCUCCAGCCGGGGCUGUGGGGCAAAGCAGAGCCAGGCUGGGACAUGGCACAUUCCUGGCUUGGGAAGACACCAAAGGGCUGGAGGAGCCAGCGCUGGAGCCGGAUCUGCCGUGUGGCUCCAGCCACACAGACCAGGAAGAGCUGGACACGGUGGAGUUGCAUCCACGGGAGCCAGACUUGGGACAAGAGGGGCCCUCCAGGGCUCCCUCCGCUUUCCAGAACCUUCCAGGCUGUUCCAGACUGGAUGGCAUUCCCUAAGGACAGGCUGGGAAGGGAGUGCGGGGCGCCCUGCUGCGGGCUGACCCCCCCUGGGGUCCCCAGAGCAGCUCCGCGCGGGGGUUGGGAGCACUCCGGGCAAACAGCCAGGAAAAGGGCCUGGAAGGGCUCAGCUCUGCUUCCAGAAGGGCCCGGAGACGCCUCCGGUGCCGGGGGGAUGGGGUCAGCUUGUGCUUCUGCUUGCUCUGGGUAACUGCGCGCUUUGGGACUCGAUAUUCCGGAUUGGGAGGGUGACGCCGGGGUGGCCGCUGGGGCCGGAGUCGUGGUGGUGGUGGGGGGCUCCAGCGGCACGGGGGGCUUUGCUGGGGUUUGUGUGGCCUCUCCCUGUCCCCCCGGUGUGACAGAGCUGGGGAUCCACGGUCUGGGCAGAGCUUCGGCCACAGACGCCGCUGGGAGCUGCCAUUGCUUCAUCCCAAAGGGAACCGGAUCCUGUGACGGGACCGACACCGGGACAGCCGCCCCCGGAGCCCCGGCUGGGCAGGGGGUCCCGCUCCACUCCCCUUCCCCAGCUCUGCUCUCUGCAAUUCUAUUUUUUGAGGUUAUUUAAAAUAAAAGCUUCUGAUGGC